CUUGCGGACAUUUAAAAAAGACAAAUUUAUUUUUUAAUAAGAUAAAUUUAUUUUUAGAAGGUAUUGUACUACAUAAACAAUUAAUGGAAAUUGUUUCGGAUAGAACACUUUCGAGGGAUUGUAAACGUCAAUUAUUAGAAUUGGGACUACGUGAAGCUCAAAUGUUUAAAAGACAAACAUUAAUGGAAUUAAUUAACCAAGAAUUACAAAAUCCUCCAUUUUUGUUGGCUGCUUCUUCUUCGUCUUCUUCUUCUUCUUCAAUUUCUUCUUCAUCAACUCAAAAUUCUUCCUCACCUUUUUUAGUUAAUAAUAUUAGACCACCUUUUAUAAGGCAAAACGGGUAUGGCGGAAGUGGUAGCAAUUUUUAA